ACGGCAAUUAUCUUGCGACUCGUGACUGUCGAAUGCUGAACACAGUCUGGAUCUGGAAUACUGCUACGCUCGCAGCACAUUCAGUAUUACUCCAACAUAGCAACAUUCGCAAAUUGACAUGGCACCCAACUCGAGCAGAAACCCUGCUUGUAGACUGCGGAGAAGGCAUUGCGCACAUUUUCGACGUCACAUCAUCAGAACCUCCAGUGGCCCAUCAUACUAGUGCCGCCGCGAGCGCGCGACUGAGCUGGAUCCUCACAGCUUCCAAUGACCGGCCAAUCAUAAUGGUCACACAAAAGUCUCAGUUCCGGCUACUUUAUCCAGAUGGUCAAGAUGAGGACCAAGGUACUCCACAGUUGCACGAGCAAUCCGGAAACGCUGCAUUCGAAGAGGGUGCCAGUGAAGACUCAUUAUUUGAAGUGCUCUCUGGUCGAAAGCCGUUGCCACCCAAGACUGCGCCGUCUUACACGGAGUUGGUAGAUAUGGACGUCGAGACUGAGGAUACAGCGGAGGAGGGUGCGCUGGACGACACGUUCCGAGAGAAGCGGAAACCUUUAGCAGAGGAGCUAGACCCUCUAGACGACAGCGAGAUCUUUUGACAAGACGAGUGGCCUAAGCAUGUCACCUCGUCAAUCCUGUUCUUGCAUCACGUUGGCAGCCUAACACGAACCCUUGUGUAGAACCAUGUCGUGUAAAACC